GUUUGAUUUGACCGGGCCCCUCGCUCUCCCCCCUUUCCAUCUUCUCCAAGACCGAAUUUUACUUUCCAACAGAUCGGAUCGGGAGGAGCCGACGCGCAGCAAGUUCUUGGAUCGAAGAGGGCGGAGAUGUCGACGGCGACGUCGGAUGGAGGCCGUGGCAUCCACGCCCUGUGCGACGACGCCCUGAUGGAGAUCCUUGUGCUUCUCCCCAACAAGUCCGUGCUCUGCUGCCGCGCCGUCUGCCGGAGGUGGCGCCGCAUCACCAACGACGGCUCCUUCCUCGCCGGCCUCUCCGCCCGCCGCCCGCUCAAGAUGAUCAUCCUCUCCCAAUCCGGCGCCGGGGCAGUGAGCGCCGUGUCCCUCUCCGUCGACGACCCGACGUCGCCUGCGGAGAGCCGCCGCUCGCACCUCUUCGACCGGAGGCAGCUAUACGAGGACGGGCGGACCCGCCGUAACAACCGCUGCUUCGACGUGGUCUGCUCCCUCGACGGGCUGCUCGUGCUGUCCCAACGCCCGGGGCUCUUCGUCGUCUGCAACCCCGCAACCAGGCAGUGGACCAACCUGCCGGCGCUGCGUCAGGAGCCGCGCCGUCUCCACGCGAUCGCGUGCGGCUUCUUCUCGCACGGCUCCUCCGGCGAGUACCGCCUCCUCUGCCACGUCGAGUACAGGAGGAAACGCUACUACUACAUCCUCGCGGCCGGCGGCGCCCUUCCUCGCCGGCUCGGGCGAGCUCCUCGUCCUCCGAGCUGGGAGUACGACGCACCCGUGGCUCGUCGCGGGAUCCUCCACUGGCUCGCCUCGCACCCCGAGGCCGCCACCGCCGCCGGCAAGAACAAGAUGCUGGCGUUCGAUACAGCCUCCGAGACGUUCCAGCUCAUGCCCCGGCCGCCGGAGCGAGCCGGCGACACGGCGAGGGCGCUGCUGGAGCUUGACGGGGAGCUCAGCGUGGCCGUGAUGCAGGGUUUGACGUCGCUGGCCGUUUGGGACUUGCGGCACUACGAUGCGGAGGUCUGGACGCUGCGCUGCCUUGUGGUUGUGGAGGUGCCGCUGUCACGACUUUCGACCUGCAGGCUUCACUCGGUCGGCGGCGGCGCCAUCCUGAUUGCAAACCGCUACAGCUGCAAGUUCAAUGCUGCUAGGUUAUACGAUCUCAAGGAGAAGAGGAUGCUCGGGGAAAUUUCUCUCUCACACGAGGAUCCAACGUUCCUUAUGUUUAGGGAGAGCCUCGUGUCGCAUGCCUUCUUCCACUCACCGCCUCGCAGCUCUGAGGUUGCGUACAUAAAGUUCACCGAUUACAUGGAUGUUCAAUUUUCAUUGAAGAAGUUCACUGAAACAGGCCGGCCGCAAAUUUUUGCAAGCUCUUGGUAUAAAAAGAGAAGAGGAGACUAUUACAAUCGAUUGGAAUGAAAUGUCGAUGCUUACUAUUGUUACUCCUCUGUCCCAAAAUAUAAUAUGGGAUUUGACUUGGCAUGGUUGAUCACACUUUGACCG